GCCAGCACUGACCGUACAGCUUCAAAGAAAGCUCAGAAGUGAAGGCCUAAGCUCCUGCAGGGUUUCUGACACAACGCUUGAUAAAGGCGUAUUUAUUAUCCAAAGUGAGGACUCCAACCGCUGUAUUAAAGCAGAUACAGCUGGCCUUGUUCUAGAGGACUGCAGUCAACUCUCAAAGUACAUGCUCUGGAAAUGGGUAUCUAAUCGUCGUCUCUUCAACGUAGGCAGAAGUACCUGUUUAGGCCUGAACAUCAGCAGGCCAGAACAGCUGCUAAGUUUGCUCGAGUGUGAUUCAACUCAGUACUCGCUGCGGUGGUACUGCGAUGGGAGAGCGCUAGUCGGAGUAUCGGGGUACAAGCUGGCUGUGGAAAACGGCAAACGCGUUGUGGCAAAAAAGAAGUCCAGUCAUCAGUGGACGCAGUACUUGUCCUUCGGGGAAGACCUGUGUGAACAUCCAUUUCAAGAAACGUAUACAUUGCUGGGAAAUUCUUUUGGAUUCCCAUGCCUUUUUCCCUUUAAGUAUAACAACAAAUGGUAUUAUGAAUGUACAAGAGAUGGAAAAGAAUUUGACUGGUGUGCCACCACAAGUCAUUAUGAGCAAGAUGAAAAAUGGGGGUUUUGCCCAAAUGCUGAGAGUGGCUGUGACGUCUUUUGGAAGAAGAACCCCGACACGCACAUUUGCUACCAGUUCAAUCUGCAGUCCGCUCUCUCCUGGAGCGAAGCCCGGGUUAUGUGCCAGAUGCAAGGAGGAGAUCUGCUAAGCAUAGUGGAUGUCGAAGAGCAGAACUAUAUAAGUGACUUAAGUAGGCAGCUAAAUGCCACAGACGUGGUGCUGUGGACAGGCCUGAAUGAGCUGGAGGAAGACGCUGGCUGGCAGUGGUCUGAUGGAGCACCGUUAGUGUUUGUGAACUGGACACCAAAUACCUCUGAUGCACCCUUUAGUGAAGAACAUUGUGCAGUGAUAAAUUCGAAGUUUAAGUACAGCUGGCAAAGCUAUUUAUGUGAAUCUGGAUUGCCUUUUGUAUGCAAAAAAUAUUUAAAUAAGACACAGCAUGAAACAUUGGAUACGUGGAAAUACUAUGCUACUCGUUGUGAUGCUGGCUGGUAUCCAUACAAUCGCAACUGCUACAGACUUGGUAAAGAGGAGAAGAACUGGAGUGAUGCUUUUUUCUCGUGCCAAAGUGACAAUAGCAAGCUCAUUAGUUUAUCCUCCAUGGCAGAUGCAGAGUUGCUCCUUGACUUGCUUAAACAUGAAAAUGCAACAGAAACGUGGAUUGGAUUAUACAGCAAUAGCACUCCAGUUGUCUUUCAGUGGUCUGAUGGCACCCCAGUGAAAUUCUCAAACUGGCACAGCCAAGAACCAAAUAUCUUUCACAGUACAGGACAGCUCUGUGUUUCAGCACAAGGAUCAGAGGGACGAUGGAAAGUUAAAAAAUGUGAAGACAAAUUUUUUUAUGUUUGUAAAAAAGCAGGGGAAAUUGAUAAUGUCCCUUCUGAUGUGUCUUCAAGGUGUCCAGAGGGAUGGGAAAGACAUGGUGGAUUUUGUUACAAAAUCGACAGUACCCCUCGAAGUUUUGAACAUGCUUCCAGUGGUUAUUUCUGCCCACCUGCACUUGUAUCAGUAACAAACAGGUUCGAGCAAGCUUUUAUCAACAGUAUGAUCCAUAGCAUGGUAAAAUCUGAGAAAACUUAUUUUUGGAUAGGCCUGCAAGACCUUAAUAACACAGGGGAGUACUCUUGGCUCACUGUGGAGGGGAAGACUCGCUCCAUGAGUUACACAAACUGGAACAAGCACCAGCCACGCCAUUCUGGGGGAUGUGUGGCUAUGCGAGGAGGGAACCCUGUUGGUUACUGGGAGGUGAAAAACUGUAAGAACUUUGAAGCGAUGUCACUGUGUAAGCAAAAAAUCUCAUCCUAUGAGGAACCUGAGCUUACAUUUCAAAAACAUUUGAGCUCCUGCUAUUUUGGAUGGGAGUCAGACAGUAAUCUGCUCAGCUGCUACAAGAUAUUUCACAAUGAGAAAGUUCUGAUGAGAAGAACAUGGGAUGAAGCAGAAACGUUAUGCCAGGAUUUUGGAGGACAUCUUGCUAGUUUUACCCAUAUCUAUGAGGAGGAGUUCUUAAAUAAUUUAUUAUAUACCAUUUUUGAUAGGACAGAAGAGAGACAGUUCUGGAUUGGAUUUAAUAAAAGAAACCCAUUUUCUAAAGGGUCAUGGCAGUGGUCUGAUGGAACAGCGGUUGUAUCUUCAUUUCUGGAGAACAAGAAUGUUGAAGAUGACUCAAGAAACUGUGCUGUGUUCAAAGUAAAUAAGACAGUCUUUCCAGCACACUGCAAUGAGAGGCGUGAGUGGAUUUGCAAAAUAGCAAAAGGUGUUAAACCAAAGAAUCCAAACUGGUACAUAUCCGAACUUCCGUGGUCGUAUUACCAAGGAGCAGAAUAUCUUUUCCAUGUAAAUCCUGCAGACUGGACCAGCUUCGAGUUCAUCUGUGGCUGGCUUCGUAGUGGCAUAGCAACUAUAAAUUCUCCUGAGGAACAAGCCUUUAUUCAAAAUAAAAUUAAGAAGCUAUCGAACAGCGAUGUUCACUGGUGGAUUGGAUUGCAUGCAGAAAAUUCCAGUGAUGAAUUUCGCUGGAAAGAUGAAUCACCAGUAACAUACCAGAACUGGGAUGAAGGGCGAGGAAGAUAUCUGCCCAAACUAGGGAAAAGAUGUGGCUUCAUUUCAUCACAAACAGGACUCUGGGGUGAUGAAAAUUGUACCGUUUCUCUUCCCUGUAUUUGUAAACGUAAAUUUGCAUGGAAAAUUGAGAAAGAGAUUCCUAAAGACCAGAAUCACCAAGGAAUGUGUCCCAAAGGCUGGCUGCACUUUGGAGUCAAAUGCUUUCUGAUACAAAUCCCCAAAGAUCCUGACCACCUGAGAAACUGGUACUCUGCACAAGCCUUCUGCAGUAGAUAUGAUGGGUCACUUGCACUUCUUGAUGAUGAAAUGGAACAAGCUUUCAUAACAAUGAAUCUGUUUGGAUGGAAAACAAGUGUUUGGAUAGGUUUGCAGAGUGAGGAUUAUGAAAAAUGGGGGAAUGAAAAUUCUCCGACAUAUUCCAACUGGUCUCCAGUUGAUGUGGCCUAUAGACAUGGUUACAACAGUGCCAGCACUCAAGAGCAAGUUCCAUUAUGUGCGCUGGUAUCAAAUAACCCUAAUUUUUAUUUUACGGGAAAAUGGUACUUAGAAAACUGUCAGAAAAAUUAUGGUUUUAUCUGCCAAAAGAUUCAGGACACCUCCAGACAUGUAAUAAAUGCAUCUGAAAUGUACCCAAUGCCAGAGACUUUAGAAUAUGGAAACAAAACAUACAAACUCCUACGAGGGAAUUUUACCUGGUAUGCAGCUUUAAAAGCCUGCAUGGCAAAUGGAGCUGAGCUGGUCAGCAUCACAGACCGGUAUCACCAGUCUUUCCUCAUGGUCAUUGUGAAUCGACUGGGAUACAACCAUUGGAUCGGGCUGUUCACCUCGAAUAAUGGGCUUAACUUUCAAUGGUCAGAUGGGACGAAGUCUUUGUUUACCUCCUGGGAAGAUGAUGAGUCCCAGGCGUUUGGCAGCUGUGUUUAUAUUGAUACUUUGGGGCACUGGAAAAGCGCUAACUGUGAGCGACAUCUGCAAGGAGCAGUUUGCCAUGUACCACCUAAAAAGAAACUCGCUGACUAUAAAGGCUUAUGUUCAGAAAAAACUGUUCCCUGGAUCAAAUUCAAAAACAAUUGCUACAGUUUUUCCACAGUUCUGCACGGCACAAGUUUUGAUACUGCAUACGAGGUCUGCAGAAAUCAAGGAUCUAAUCUUUUAACUAUUCAAGAUGAGGAUGAAAAUGCCUUUAUUCUGGAAGAAUUGCAUAAUUUUGGUUAUUCUGUGCAAAUGGUUUGGCUGAACGUUCUGCUUGUAACAGACAAUGAGACAGUAUCCUGGUUUGAUGGUUCUCCUUUAAAUUAUUCCAACUGGGGCAUCAGGGAGCCUGAAUUUGACCAUCUCAAAGGGAAUUUCUGUAUCAGCUUGAGGACCACGGAUGGAAUAUGGCAGUUAUCUCCUUGCAGAGAAAAAAAGGGAUUUGUGUGUAAAAUGGAUGCAGAUAUCAAUGCAGCAGCAGUUUCCUCUCAAAAAACUUCGCACCAUGGGCUUGCAGCAGUAGCUGUUAUAGUAACGUUGGUGAUGCUGGCUGCUCUUUCCACUUUCUUGUGGUGCCUGUACAAGCAGAACAACAGGCUCUUCAGUAGGAUACUCUGGGUCAGAAAUGCCUAUUUUCCACAGAUUAAUUCUGAUGUUCCUGCUUUGGAAGAGAGCAUCCUUAUUUCUGAUUUUGAGAGAAGUGAGAACAAUUAGUUGUUCAGGAGGACCAGGCAAUCACUUCUUCCAUGCUAAAGACCGAAUUCUACAGGACAGCACAGUUCUUGAGCCAGGCACAACCUCAGACCAGCUCAUCCUCUCAGGGUUUUGGGUCAUGGACAAGCUGACAAGGGAAGGCAAAGAAGAUAGCUGAAUGCCACCAUGAGAGUGGGGAAUGUGAGAAGGAACCGCUGCCUGCUCCUCCCCUCCUGCGACUCGGUGCAGCCCCAUUUCUGAAGCUUCCCAAGGCUUGUGUUGGACGGAGAGGAGCAGAGAACCCAAUGGCCCUGCUCACACCAGCACUGGUCUUCACGUGUCCUCCAUACCCAGCGUGCUGGGGUCACCUCCACUAUCUGCUGCAAUGGAACAAAGCAGGGGGGACCUCAUUCUUGUUCCACAGGUGUUGGGUGUGCUAGACUUGCUCCCAUCCUGGUGGAUGGACAGGCGCUCUCGCAUGGCAGUGGUGCCCUGGGCCUAGGCGUGUGGAUCCUUCCGCAGAAUUAAGUGCGGAUAUGCUGGGGAGUCAUGGAGAGAUGGGCUUCCCUGGGAAGAGCCAGGAGCUCCAGCUGCUCCAUUGCCGUGCCACCUGGAAGCGUGCAUGUGGCCCAUCCUGCUCAAGCCACGGGGCACCCGGCAUUUGCUUCCAAUUUUUUCAUUCGGGGAUGCGUGGGCUGUAACGUUUUGAUUUUACACACUGCAGAGUCUGUCCAUGAACCAGCAUUUAAAAUUCAGCCCUGAGUUUAGGAACCCUGAAACAUCUUUCAGGGUUUUAUGGGACAUUUUUUUAAUAACACCUACUCCUUCUGCUAAAAGAACAAAGCUAUUUUUCAGACAGUGGAAUAUUGCCAGGUGGUUUUCCAAGCUCGUAGAGAGAGGAAGUCACUUCUGAUUUAGGUGUUUCAGAGUUUACCAAAUUAGUCUCAGCGUCUGUAUUUGGUAUUACAGAAUAAAUUAGCCGAGAUAUAAUGUCUUAUCCAAAAGUUAGUAUAUUCACCGGAGAUGCUUCCAGUGUCCUGUUAAAGAUUUAACUGUGAAAUCUUUUGCCUAGUUUAUGAUCAGAAAUUAUGCCCCAUCAACUACUUCUAAUCCUAGUUUUAGUCGGUAUCUCUUUGAACACAUUUGUUACGCGUGUUGCUGAAGUAAAUUGCCUUUACUGUUCACCUCCAGUAUUUCUGCAAGCAGUAUUAAUGUGCAUGUACUUAAUGUACAUUUGAGCCUCUACUUUAAAAAGUUAAGAAGGGUAUGUGGGAGAGCUGCCUUUGCAAUCCCAAAGGGUGGUUGUGUCUCUAGUCCUAGUGCAAUAAUUCAGGUUAAUAGACCACCAAAUGGAAUUCUUCAUGUUCCAUAAUCAUACUAAGGUGCUAAUGGAGCAGGCUUUCCUCUGAGAAAGCAACUAGAAUAUUUUUUUUUCUGUGAAAUUUCACUGAGAAAUUGUUCUUUAGGCAGAUGAUUCUGAAAGAUCCUGGUUCCAAGUCUAUGCAUUACCUCAGUGACAGUGGUCUAGGACAAAAACACUCUCUGUAUGGGACUGCUACCUCUUUAACCUUCUAGCCAUGUUCUUAAAAAACGCCUGAAAGGUUUGGGAGGAUUUUGAGUGUGAUGUGGGAUUUUUUUUUUUUCCUCCUGUAUGGAAGAACACAUUGUCAGUAAUGAAGUUUUACCUCAGAAGGGAAUUAUUGUCCCUUCGGCCAUCUCUAAAAGCUGCUGUGAAGGGCUGUGUUUACUGUAGGGUGUUCUCCUUGUUUAUUUUAAGAUUGCUCGUUCUGACAACUUUGCAAGAACAUGAAAAUGCAGGUACAUUUGUGACAAUUAAGCUAGCAGGCGAGGCCAACCGGAAUUGUUUUACAUCAUAUUUAUACCCAGGAAUGGCUUGCUUUUAGUUACAUGUCACGUGACUGUAUAAGCUGGCUAAUUUUAGAAACGGGAAAAUCGCUUAUUCAUGUCAUAAUUAUGCACAAGGCUAAUGUUAUUUUCUUGGUGCCUAGUAUAUUUUUGUGCUGGUUUACAGAAUUUAAAAUGAUGUCAAAGAGGCUAUGGAGAACUGGAAAUAUGGAAAAAUCCCAGUUUAAUUAUCAACUUAUUGUUUCCUGUAACUUUCAUGGAUGUAGUAGGUAUUGUACAUUCUUACUCUGAUGCUUCCCAUCAUAUAAAGCAUACAUAGCUUUUCUAUAUAUAUUUUCUCUAAUGGUUCCGUACAUUCAUCUUCAGUAGUGUUUUCAAAGUUUGGUCUUAAGCCUGUAACUGUUGGACUGUAUGCAAAGUCCAUUAUUAGACUUUGCAUAUUGCAGCUUUUUAUCAUCAGCAGGUUUUUACAUCAUCUGCUGUGAUAGCUUUGUUGUCCUCUCUCCUUUCCCUUGAAGAUUCGCCCUACUUAUCAUUUAUCUAUUCGCCCUGUAGUUGGAGGAGCUUAAACCAGCAUCUCUCCCUUCAUCACAUUCACUGACAAGUGCAAAUUCUGCCUUUUUUCAGCAGGGAGAGUGGGUUACAGGAUGUUUCCUGUUUCAGAGAGUGAGCUCAGAGGACAUGAGUGUAUCAGGCUAUACUGCUGCUACCAAAUUAUGCGUACUUUGUCAGACUUGCAUUUUGUGAAGGGCAGUAAAAACUUGUCAUAAGGCAUUUUAUCAAUUUUAAGGUAUAUUGCAAUCAUUUUAAUAUAUUUGAAAGGGCAUUUAUAUAAAAAUAACCUUACCCUCAAAAUAGUGAUUACUGCCUAACGUUAACUCUGAUGUAAAUAAUAUUAGGUUAAGGAAAAAAAAAUUGAAACAGUAUUUUCUUCAGACUUUG